AUGACUGCCAAUGGUUCAUCUAAGGAUCACGAACGUAAUGGAUGCAAAUUAUGUCAAACUGACCGAUCUUGUGAACCUCAUGAUUAUGAAUCCAACUGUCCUUGUGAGUGGCACCGGACAGAGCAUGAUAGGCAGCUGGUAGCUGUGGAGAACAAUAUCAAGAGAAAAGCUUGCAGCUGUGAGGGAUUCCCAUUCCAUGAGGUUAUUCAAGAAUUCCUUUCGAACAAGGAUAAAUUGGUCAAGGAAAUCAGGUACCAAAGACCUGAUUUAUUAUUGUUUCAGAGAUUUACUCUUGAAAAAAUGGAGUGGUCCAAUCACUAUGCAUGUGAGAAAUUGCUGGUGCUUUUGACCCGCUAUGACAUGAUAGAAAGAAAGCUUGGUAGAAGGAACUCUAAUCAACUACAGCCAAUUCGCAUUGUUAAAAACCGGAUCAGAAAUGGAGUUCAUUGCUUUGAAAUAGAAUGGGAAAAGCCUGAACAUUAUGCUAUAGAAGAUGAACAUGGAGAAUUAGUUCUACAAACAAUAGAAGAAGAAUCAUUAUUUAAAGCAGCUUAUCCCGAGAUUGUUGCUAUUUACCAAAAACAAAAGUUAGAAAUUAAAGGGAAAAAACAAAAAAGCAUGAAAACCAAGUCUAAAAAAAACAAUUUGCCAGAAAUAGAUGAUAUGAAUUUUCAGUCACACAUAACUUUAAAACCCACGUGCGAAAUCUCUUCUAAGUUAAAUUUGGAAAUUUUCUGUGAUUCUGCAUUACCGCAGAAAUCUAUUUCUGCAUCAUUGAAUAGCUUGCUUUUAUCUGAAGAUGCUCCCCAUUUGAAUACACAAGAACNGGGAGAAUACUCGUUUACUCAGUGGAAUGAAGAAUCUUGUUACUCUAAUCAACAACCACUAGUUAUUAAAAAACUGACUCAUUGCUCUGUGUGUUCACACCCAGGUUCAUCUAAGGAUCACGAACGUAAUGGAUGCAAAUUAUGUCAAACUGACCGAUCUUGUGAACCUCAUGAUUAUGAAUCCAACUGUCCUUGUGAGUGGCACCGGACAGAGCAUGAUAGGCAGCUGGUAGCUGUGGAGAACAAUAUCAAGAGAAAAGCUUGCAGCUGUGAGGGAUUCCCAUUCCAUGAGGUUAUUCAAGAAUUCCUUUCGAACAAGGAUAAAUUGGUCAAGGAAAUCAGGUACCAAAGACCUGAUUUAUUAUUGUUUCAGAGAUUUACUCUUGAAAAAAUGGAGUGGUCCAAUCACUAUGCAUGUGAGAAAUUGCUGGUGCUUUUGACCCGCUAUGACAUGAUAGAAAGAAAGCUUGGUAGAAGGAACUCUAAUCAACUACAGCCAAUUCGGUAUGAUUAUAUUCCAUUUGAAUGUAAGACCUAA